CAGACUUCAGCAGACUUCAACCGCUGUACCAAGAGACUCUUGUGCUCGAAAAGGAGCCUCUGACACGAGAGACUAAAGAAAAGCAGCAGCACGAGAGAAACCACUCCGAGAGGGAAUAUCCACGCUCUCCUCCACACUUUUCUAACAGGAUUUCUCUUCAACGCGCUCAAGAAAUUUUAUCCAAGAUGCUGAUGCUUACUUUUGUUUUUACCCUCCUCGGGAGCCUCAACCUGGUCCUCUCCUCCUCGUUAUCCUCCUCGUCCUCGUCCUCCUGCCCGUCCGUGUGCGAGUGUCAGGCGGAGAUGCCCAAGUGCGCCCCCGGCGUGAGCGUCGUGCUGGACGGCUGCGGCUGCUGCAAGGUGUGCGCCCGCCAGCUGAACGAGGACUGCAGCCUGACGGAGCCCUGCGACCACACCAAGGGGCUGGAGUGCAACUUCGGGGCCAGCCUGGCUGCGGCCACGACCCGUGGCAUCUGCCGAGCUAAAUCCGAGGGCCGACCCUGCGAGUACAACAGCAGGAUCUACCAGAACGGAGAGAGCUUCCAGCCCAACUGUAAACACCAGUGCACAUGCAUCGACGGGGCGGUGGGCUGCGUGCCCCUGUGCCCGCAGGAGCUCUCCCUGCCCAACCUGGGCUGCUCCAACCCCAGGCUGGUCAAGGUGGCCGGCCAGUGCUGCGAGGAGUGGGUGUGCGACGAUGGCAAGGAGACAGACAUCCUUGAGAAGAUCUUCGGCAAACAAGUACCCAUCGAUGAGUCGGAAAGAGACCUCACCAACAGGAAUGAGUUGGUGGCAAUCGUCAAGGAAGGACUCAAGUCCCUCUCUGCCUUCAGACCACAGCCUGAAGUCCACAUGUUUGACAGCCCAAAGUGCAUCGUCCAAACCACGCCCUGGUCCCAAUGCUCCAAGAGCUGUGGAACCGGCAUCUCCACCAGAGUCACAAACAACAACAACGAGUGCAAGUUGGUGAAAGAGACCAGAAUCUGCGAAGUGCGCCCAUGCACGCAGUCACCUUACUCCAGCCUUAAGAAAGGAAAGAAGUGCAGGAGAACCAAGAAGACCAGCCAGCCAGUGAAGUUCACCUACGCCGGCUGCUCCAGCGUAAAGAAGUACCGGCCCAGGUACUGCGGCGCAUGCGUGGACGGCCGCUGCUGCAGCCCCCUGGACACCCGAACCAUCCGGGUCAAGUUCCACUGCGAGGAUGGCGAGACCUUCAACAAGAACUUCAUGAUGAUCGAGUCCUGCAAGUGCACGUACAACUGCCCCCACGCCAACGAAGCGUCCUACCCCUUCUACCGCCUCUCCAACGACAUCCACAAGUUCAGAGACUGAUUGGUGACGGACGUCCACGCAGGGGUGUAAAUAGGCCACCAGUCAACUACCAGCUUCUUGUUGUAACUAGAUUCCCAAGGAAUUGCGGGCUUACAUCAUGAGGACUUAAUGAAGUGCACUGUAUGCUGUGACUACAUCAGCAUUCUCAAUACGAGUUGCUUCAUAUUAAGGGAGCAUGUCAAGUAGCUUCGUCAUGGAGCAGGAUGUAAUUAAUAUUUGUACAUUUGUGUUAGUUGCUGAUAUCAAUUCGCUGUGUAUAUUUUGAUCCUUUCCUUCAAACAUGACCCAGACUGUAGACUUAGCGUGUGCAUAUGGAAGAUAUGCACAUGCGCAUCUUUAAUUCGCAUUACCAUCUUAUAUGUUUUAGACCAAGACGAUGAGACUGGACCCCUCGCCUUGUCUGACAGGCGUGUGGUUCCGAUCCUUCUCGACGUGGGCAUUACUGUUCAUGUUUUGUGGCAGCUAUUGAUCUCCCUUUCAUGACAAAAAAGAAAAAAGACAAAGCGAAACAUGUCAAAGGAUGAAUGAAUGUUUUUAUUAUUGUUAUUAAUAUUAUUUAUCAAAAAAAGUAGCUACUUUAUUUGGAUAUUAAGUGUCAUACUGGAAUAAAUUGUACAAAUGAUUUAAUUUUAUAUGCUACAAUAAAACUGAUUUAUUUAUGAAAUAUAA